AUGACAAACGGCAUAGGAACAGGCGAUUACGAGUACAUUGUGAUGGAGCUCGUGUAUCUCGUUCUAGGCUUGAUCACUCUCGGUACUCUCAUCAAAAAGAUCUCGGACGAAAAGAGAAUCACUUGUUCCCUUUUUGAAUUUUCAAUUUUUACAAUUUUCUUUUUUAUUUUGUUAAGAGUUGGAGUCAUUGCAUUUCUCUUAUAUUUGAGAUUAGGUUUCUUACCAGAACUCAUCAAAUCCAGAUCCAAUAAUAAUUUAUCAAAUCAUAAUCUCGAAAGACAAGCAGAGGUAUAUCUUGUCACGUGGGAAUUACUCUCUUUUUUAGGAACAUGUGCCUUGUAUGCCAGUAUUUCGACAUUGGUCUAUAAAUGGAGAUCUCUCUUGAAUGGUGACACAAAGAGUAAUUUGGCACUCGUGUUGGGAAUGAAUUCAAUUUUAUUCUUUAUUGGAAUUUUCUGUGUCAUUAUGCAAUACUUUUUUGAAUUCAAGAAUUACACAUGGGUUCACGUCGUUUACUAUUUUUGUGCCAUUAACAUUUUCAUUAUGGGUGCUGUAUUGAUUUAUCAUGCCGAUAAGAUGCAAACCAAAGUGAAACCAAAUAAUGAAUUGUCAUUCCAACUUUUUAGACAUGCCACUUAUAACAAGUAUUCUGCAGUGAUUUUGGGAGUUGCUUUUAUUACACGUGGAGUAGUGAUGGCAUUGGACAAUGUGGGUUACAAGUUUUUGAGAGAUGGAUCUCCAGCUCAAGUCGUGUGGAAUAUUUUCUUCAAGUAUAUUUGUUGGGUCAUUCCAGAAUUGAUCAUUGUCAUGUCAGUCAUGUAUGGAAGAGUGCAUGGAAAUACGAAUUAUGCAGAGGUACCACCUGUGGAAAUUGCUGACUUGGAAGAUGUGGUCAAGAAUGGAAAUGUCGAUAUUUCUGAAUCAGAGCUGCAAGAAAUGAGAGCCAAGACUUUUGUGGGACAAGCUGGUAGUUUUGAAAAAGAACAAGGAGAUGGUUACUCUAAAUUUGAAGAUGAAUAA